GCCACACAGCCAGUAUUCCUGUCGCUGUGGCUCAAAGGAUGCUGGGAAGUUGUGUGUGCGGAAGCAGCGUGAUCAGAUGAGACACCCCGGAGGCUAGCGGUGGCUAAUCGUUAGCAGAGUUAGAAGGAGGAGCCCCAGACAUGGAGGACAUACAAACUGUGAUGUCCUGGUUCUCCAGCCCCGUCUACAGCCGCUACUGGCAGCACUACCAGCAGGCUAUGACCUGGCACCAGAAACACAGGCGUGCCUACCACAAGGCCUUAGAGGCAGCCUACGGCCCCGGCCACGGCCAGGAGCAGCUUCCCAGCAGCGGCCGCCACCAGCGCUACGCGGACUGGCACGCCGAGGAGAGCGCCAGGGAGGACGGGGAGGAGGAGAGCAGCUCGGACAGUGAGAUCGAGUGUGACGUCAGCAACAUGGAGAUCAGCGAGGAGCUGAGGCAGUACUUCGCCCAGACGGAGAGACACAGAGAGGAGCUGAAGAAGCAGCAGGAGGCCGAGCAGCAGGACAGCUACGUGCUGGCCGACCGGGACCUGCGUGGCGUCUCCUGGCGAAGCACUGCGGCUCCCCCCUUUGAGCGGCCUGGCGAGAGACGCGGCGCCGAAAUGAAGAAGCUGUACGGCAAGGACGCGGCCAAGAUCCUGGCCAUGGAGGCAGCGAUGCAGCUCACAUUUGACAGGAACUGUGACCUCAAGCAGCCCAAGUACUGGCCCGUCAUCCCACUGAAGCUGUGAUGGCAGCGGGCAGUAAAAGAGCCACAGGAGAUCCGGCCGUUGAUCUUUCACUGGUGCAGCAGCUUUGUCAUGAAACUGAUUGUUGUUGUUGACAAAGCUGCGAAAGAAGAAGCAACGGUUCGGGGCAGCUGAGGGAUAGAAGUUAUUUUAAGUUGCAUGAAUUAGUGGAGCUUCUGCUUCACAGGACACGGACGUCACUGACCUGUCAGCUGCUGCCCCCGAUGAAAACUCAUGGUUGUGAUCGUACGUAUGACGCUGGAUCUCGUGUUUUGUUUAGGGCAGAAGCUGCAUCGCCAUUGGUUGAGUGUCAGGUACAGUGUAACUGCCCCCGCAGGUAACGUGAAUACAUUCAAACACCACGUGUCUGCGUGUUUCCUCCUAAUCUGUUUUUGUUCCCCCUCCAGCUCGGUGAUGCUUCACGCUGCAGUAGCUCCUCUUAUGCUUGUCAACUCUGUUAAAGCACAGAGGCUUUUUUUUUUUUUCUUGACCCUCUCUGUUCACAUCCAGCAGCGCGCCUGCAUCGCUGCUUCUGAUAUUCCACUUUUCAACAGUGAUUUUGCUGUUUCCUCUAAACUGUGCUGUUCAGACUCAGACAUUGCAUCAGGCUGAGAGCAUUGUUGUGUGGUUUAUCAGGAGGGAUGUCGACGGAUCUCUUUCCUCUCCGCCCUGCACAAUUUUGUAGAAUUAAUUCUGUUUCUAAUAAAGUGGUUUAUGUCCGGAUAAAA